AUUUUAAACAGUUUUUGUGCAAGGCAACGGUUGGCGAUACUGUCGUUUGACAGUUGUAGAGGUGAUAGGUUACAAUUUGUAACAACUUGUACAGUUUUUUCGGUUUAAUUCCCAAUUUUUGAUAACAUGGAUCCAACUUUAAGCAAGGAGACUUUGGAGAAAUUCCGUUCGAAUUUCUUCUCAGACGAGAAGAAUAUUUUCGCUCAAAAUGUGUGCUCACGUAUUGACCCAUUUGACGCCUGUCUUUCGCGUAAGGCCCUCGAGGAGACCCAUCAUGUGUACGAGCACAAGGUGGAGGCCGAAGGCAAGCCGGUCAGCAAUCAAAAAAACUCAGGCCGGUGCUGGAUUUUUGCAACGAUGAAUGUUAUCAGACUGCCCUUUAUGAAGCAUUUAAAUAUUGAUGAUUUUGAAUUUUCGCAAGCCUAUCUGUUCUUCUGGGACAAGAUCGAACGGUGUAAUUUUUUUCUUAAUAAUAUUGUCGAAACGGCCAAGCGGAACGAACCGGUGGAGGGACGUUUGGUGGCUUUUCUACUCAAUGAUCCGAUUUCGGACGGAGGCCAGUGGGAUAUGAUUGUUAAUUUGAUCAAUAAACAUGGACUUAUGCCCAAGAAGUGUUUUCCGGAGUCGUUCAGUUGCGAAACGAGCGCCAAAAUGAAUCAAAUCCUCAAGACUAAAUUGCGUGAAUACGCGAAAACGAUCCGAGACCUGAUCGCCAAAGGCGAAGGCGACCUCAAAGUACAAAACGUAAUACGCGAACAAAUGAAUACGAUUUAUCGUAUUGUUGGCAUUUGUUUGGGUGUGCCUGCUGAGACGUUCACUUUCACUUAUUACGAUAAGAACAAGACUUAUCACAGCAUUGGUCCAAUAACACCUAAAGCGUUCUAUGAAGAGCAUGUGAAGCCUGUUUUCGAUGUCGAUAAUAAAGUGUGCAUAGUUACCGAUCCGCGACCGUCUAACCAAUACGGUAAAGUAUACACAGUGGAUUGUCUGGGGAAUGUUGUGGGUGGACGUCCCUGUAUAUACAACAAUCAACCCGUUGAACUUUUACUCGAUGCCACGGCCAAGUCGAUUAAAGAUGGCGAGGCAGUGUGGUUUGGGUGUGAGGUUAUGAAACGAUUCGCCGGAAAACAGGGGAUUUUAGAUUUGAAAAUUCAUAAUUUUCCGUUGGUUUUUGGUGUGGAUAUUCAGACGAUUUUGAGUAAAGCCGAUAGAUUGAUUUAUGGAGACAGUGCCAUGUCACAUGCGAUGGUUUUCACCGCUGUGAGCUUGAACGAAAAAGAUGAAGUGACGAAAUUGCGUGUGGAAAAUUCAUGGGGUGAAGAUCGUGGCGAAAAAGGCUACUUGAUUAUGAGUACUGACUGGUUCAAGGAGUACGUUUUUGAAGUGGUGGUUGAUAAAAAGUAUGUUCCUGUUGAUGUUCUUGAAGUUUUUAAACAAAAACCGAUCGUCUUGCCAGCUUGGGACCCCAUGGGAACACUUGCCAAUGUUUCAUGUUAAUUUGUAUUUUUUGCUCCAAUAAAAUUUUGUGGCAAU